UGGCUUGACAGCACUGGACGUCACGAAUGUUGGUUACGCCGUCAGACGCGUCAGCCCAGCCACUUCGUCCAGCGUAGAAAGCAGUAGCUAACACUAACAGUGUAUCACUAGCAAAUAUUCUCUUCCUUUAGGAGAAGAAACACUCUCCAUUGGUACAAAUAUAAAAAAUCGAAGAACCGUGUCCGCGUUAAAAUGAAGAGGCGGAUACACGUUGGUUUUGUGCUGGUUUAUUCGCUGGUCUCGUAUUUCUGUUCGUGCUCGGCGUUUUAUCUUCCGGGUUUAGCCCCUGUGAGUUUUUGUGAAGAAGGUAAUGAUGGUGACGAUUGUCAGAAAGUGAUUGAGCUGUUUGUCAAUCGCUUGGACUCGGUGGAGUCAGUCUUGCCUUAUGAGUAUGAUGUGUUUGACUUUUGCAAAGAUGCUAAGGAAAAGAGGCCAUCAGAGAACCUUGGACAAGUGCUGUUUGGUGAGCGAAUUGAGUCAUCACCUUACAAGUUCAACUUCAAACAAGAUGUUAAAUGCAAGGCGGUGUGCUCAAAAUCCUACAAGAAAGGCAAUAAGGAGGAUGCAACCAAACUGGAUUUCCUUAAGAUGGGAAUGCAGCUGAACUACCAGCACCACUGGAUCAUUGACAAUAUGCCAGUGACUUGGUGCUAUGAUGUGGAAGAUGGUCAGAAAUACUGCAACCCAGGCUUCCCCAUUGGUUGCCUCGUUACCACAGAGGGCAGACCUAAAGAUGCCUGUGUUAUCAAUGCUGAGUUCAACAAGAAGAACACAUUUUAUGUCUUCAAUCAUGUGGACAUCAGGAUUGUUUACCACAGUGGAGCACAGGAAGGAUGGAGAGGAGCUCGGCUGGUCACUGCCUAUCUGGAACCAAAGAGUAUCAAACAUGCAGAUGAGAAUAAACCGGAUUGUGAGGGAACUACCCCAAUGGAGGUCCCUGGGGAGUUUGAUGGUGAUGUGUCGAUAGUGUACACUUACUCGGUCUCAUUUAAGGAAGACAAUUCUAUCAAAUGGGCCUCUAGGUGGGACUACAUCCUGGUCUCCAUGCCACACACCAACAUCCAGUGGUUUAGCAUCAUGAACUCCUUGGUCAUUGUCCUCUUCCUGUCUGGUAUGGUUGCCAUGAUCAUGCUGAGAACCCUACACAAGGACAUUGCCAGAUACAACCAGGUGGACCAGGUAGACUUCAUAAAGCUUCCAACAACCAAAGGGAAAUCUUCUCAAUCCUAUGAGGAUGCACAGGAGGAGUCAGGGUGGAAGCAGGUGCACGGGGAUGUUUUCCGCCCCCCCAGGAAAGGCAUGUUACUGUGUGUGUUCCUCGGACAGGGCACCCAGAUCUUCAUCAUGACCUUCAUCACACUCUUCUUGGCUUGUCUGGGUUUCCUGUCACCAGCCAACAGAGGGGCUCUCAUGACGUGUGCUGUGGUCCUCUGGGUUCUGCUGGGCACACCUGCUGGCUACGUGUCUGCACGCCUUUACAAAACUUUCGGAGGUGAAAAGUGGAAGACAAACGUUUUGUUGACAGCCCUCUUGUGCCCAGGAAUUGUGUUUGCAGACUUCUUCCUGAUGAACCUCAUCCUUUGGGUGGAGGGUUCCUCAGCAGCAAUCCCCUUUGGCACUCUGGUGGCCAUUUUGGCUCUGUGGUUUGGAAUCUCUGUGCCCCUCACGUUCAUCGGUGCCUAUUUUGGAUUCAAGAAGCCUGCAAUUGAGCAACCGGUGCGAACAAACCAGAUCCCCCGUCAAAUUCCCGAGCAGUCAUUUUUCACAAAGCCUAUUCCUGGCAUAGUAAUGGGCGGCAUCCUGCCCUUUGGUUGCAUUUUCAUCCAACUUUUCUUUAUUCUCAAUAGCAUUUGGUCUCAUCAGAUGUACUAUAUGUUUGGAUUCCUGUUCUUGGUUUUCAUCAUUCUACUCAUCACCUGCUCUGAGGCCACAAUUCUGCUCUGCUACUUCCACCUAUGUGCUGAGGACUACCACUGGUGGUGGCGUUCCUUCCUGACCAGUGGCUUCACAGCAGUUUAUCUGUUUAUCUAUGCUGUGCACUACUUCUUCUCAAAGCUGCAAAUAAUUGGAGCUGCCAGCACCAUCCUGUACUUUGGAUACACUAUGAUUAUGGUCCUCAUCUUCUUCCUCUUCACAGGUACAAUUGGCUUCUUCGCCUGCUUCUGGUUUGUAAAUAAGAUCUACAGUGUGGUCAAAGUGGACUAGAGGACUGAGGGAAGGACUGACUCCUUGCUGUGGCACUACUGGGCUCCUCAGUGCUGGCUGUGUAAUAAAGAGGUCUGAAUGGACCUGAACUGAAACCAUCACUUCUCAUAGAAAAGACCUGAAGGGCAGAGUCCGUCCUCUUUUGUGCUUUAAAAACUAUGUUGCUGUUUUCUUUCUUUUUUCCCCCUCUUUUUUAAAAUAUAUAUAUAUAUAAUAAUUUGUGUUAUCUGUUGACCAGUAAUAUUUUGAGUGGCUUCUUGAAAAAUCUGUGUGGGGCUCCAGUGAUCUAGCUGUCAUAAUGGCUGGUUUGUUUUGGUGGGUUAACAGAAAAAGCUGAAAUAUUUUUAUUUUUCAUUUUCUAAAGAAAAUAAAAUGUUCUGUAUGUUGCAUUUCUAUUCCUUUAAGGCUAAAUAGUUUGUUUUUCAUUACUUGUAAUGAAAUGAUGGGGAAAAAUGUGUGUAUAUAAGCUGUAUAAAGGGCACGAAUGAGAGAAUGCUACUUAAAGAUUGUCACCAUUAUGGAACCUUCUGUAGACGUUCUUUUUUCCUUCGAGGUAAAGAUGGGGCUUUAAAUCCUUAAACAUCAGCUUGUAUUGUAGUUCAGAAAUAUAUAAAACACUUUGAUAACUAUGA